AAAGACAGUACCACAUCUUGAAGUAGCACUAAAAAACGUCCAGGGUAUCGACACGACAGCGACCUUCGGCUCGCAGACGACUUUGGCGUCCUCCUUCCCCUUCCCUGCUCAUUUUCGGCGUACAGCAACGCUCUCUACAACAUCUCCAUCAUCCCCUCUAUCCGUCCUCGCAGUUGCGAGCGCCGUAGCGUUUGGAUCCGUCGAGAAAAUCGCGAUCCAGUGCACGUAAUCCACCUCCCAAUAUGGAACAUAUUGAACAACGAGGCUCCCACGCCAAUAGGAGUGACUCUGACGACGACAAUGAAGAACAAAAUCCCACGCCUGAACAGCAGCCAAGUAUCACCUCGGAAGCCCCAAAACCGAGCGAGUUAUCGCCCUCAAAAGCUGCCCACGAGCUAGUGCGAAAGUCCAUUUUGGCCUGCUUCGGAGACUGCCCUUCAACUGACAGAGAGCAAUUAAUUCGAGACAUUCAGAAGCUCUCAAGGACCUUCGCCAAGCGGUUAUUGCUCCCUCCUGACGAGAAUGCAGAGCAAGAAGACAGUCAAUCCCAGUAUGUCCUUCCACAUGACCGGGUGGUGCCUCCUUCGGCCUAUUUCUCCUUCCGUGAUAACGGUCGAAUGCAUCUCCCUAUUGUAGAUUGGAGCGCCUUCCGCGGCUAUUCCGUCGCAGUGUGGAUCAACGUGGAUUUUUGUCUAGCCCAAGCCAAGAGGGAGGGCGCUGCAGAGGAUUUGUACGCCAAAUUUAAUCUUUUUAGAUUCACGAACGGGUCAAAUACAUUGGAAGUGGAGGCGUCCUUGGAGUAUACAGAGGGUUCAACUGGAAAUGGACACGGAGUGCUGCUAAACGUCAGUUGUUGCGCUCCUGGAGCCGCAGAUGCAAAGAAAUCGGCGUCAGUUGCGGCAGCUUCUUCGAACGCGCCGGAAUGGAGGAGAAUCCAACAGGAAAUUGACUUAAUACCUGGGAAAUGGCAUCUGCUGGUCAUCUCGCACUCGCUGCAUUACGUGAAGAAGAGCAAAGUGGCGUGUCACGUGGAUACGAAGCUGCAGUUUAAAGAGGAAUUAGUCUACCCUUCUGGACUGGUCACAGCGUCCAAGUGCACUAUUGGAGGUGGUCGUAAUGCGAAGGUGAAGAUUGCAAGUGUAGCCAUGUACCAAGAGGAGCUUUCACAAGGCACGAUCGAGCUUAUGUACGCUAUAGGGCCCAUGGUUUCGUCGUUUAAUCGUUGGGCUGCAGCGCUGCCCGCUCGGUCAAGUCGCAUGGUCGCUGGCACUCACGAACGCGCGCAUGGUCCAUCACCACUGACUGUCCCGGAGAACGAGUCUUUCGCAGCGUUCUGUAAGCUACAAGUGGUGUUCUAUUUCAACGCACAGAACACCGUGAACGAAGACUAUGCCGAUUUAGGAGUGGAGUGGCUGUGUGAAGGUACAACACCUACUACUAACGGCAAGUGGGUGGCUUUGGAAAGCACUGUGAGCGCCUCAGCGGAGAUCCAGCAACGCAACGCCAGACUGGGCAAAAGUACGCAAAAAAUGAUCUACCCGGAGUAUCACGCAGCCUGGUAUCGGUCAGUUGGUGUGUCAUCAUUGCCAAUUGUUCUGGACUACUUAUUGACAGCGUACGAGAAGAUCACGAGGAAGCAAGACGCCGCAAAGUAUGCAGGAAACGAGGACUUCGAGGAGCGCCCGCUGUCCGCGGUUAUGGAGAGUGUGGUGGUCGAUUUGUUGUGGAUUUUGAAAGGUAUGCUGCUCAGUAAUGUGGCCAACCAACAGGAAGUUCUUCGGAACUAUGUGUUCCACAUGCUGUCCCACGUCAUGGUGCAGCAUAGAGACUGUCUUUCAGUGAUAUGGACGCCCGGAAGUCUCAUGGUUUGUGUGGAAAUGGUCAAGAGUUUAUUCGAUAUGAUGACGUCGCCCAAGAAGAGCUUGGAUGUGGGAGAGAACCACCCUUUCCACGUCUCCAUUUGGACGACGAACCCUCUUUUCGCCUCUGGAGUGCGCGCUAUCUUGAUGAAUUAUCGACUGUGGACGCAAGCGGACUAUAAGACGCAAUCCAUUUACAAUCAUCAGAUGUACGGACUUGCCUGCGAGUAUCCAAGAGCGUUCAACAACAUGCAAGCAGUUCCUAAGAUGCUGGAGAUUCUUGGACAAUUUUAUUCAGUUCCUCACUCUUCACACACUUCUGGUGAUACUGAGACGAGUCAGAACUCACAGCAGAUUACUGAACCUGAUGACAAAGACCAUCACUGGAAGCAGCAGAGUAUCCAGAGCUUAGUCGAGGUGAUUGAGGUGUGUCUAACUAACCAGAGUACGCAAGUGCAUGAAGUUCUGGAGCAGGAGGUCAUGGAGACUACGUUUGCCCGUGCUAGUAAUCCUGCGGGCACUGGUGGCUCUUCUGCUAGUGGAUCUGUACCGUCAACGUCGCCGAAUACUCCGUCGUCAUCUGCAUCGCCAAUAAUGGUCGCUCCUGGACGUAAGGGCGGUGUGUUCAGUAUCAACCUUGAGAGCAUUGUAUGGAGCGAUCAGACGGCUACUGGGACAGCUUCAAGCAGUAAUCCCGACGGCAAUACGCCAGAAGAAAAGACCCCGACAGCCAGGAAGAGUGUGCUACACUCUGUUCAAGUCCGAUUCUCUCUUGUCCGCGAUAUUCGCGCUGUGAUUCGCUUCUUGAUGACCAGUAAAGAUGCGGCCGUGUGCACUUCGUUGCUGUUAUUGCUACGUCGACUCGCAGUGUCGUUCUUGGACAUGCGCUUCGCCCUGGUUAGCUCGAGUAUCAUGGACUGUUUGCUGUACUUGAUGCAUGAUCGUCGGAGCGAUGCAGAGGACAACGAGAGCAGCAAGGACUCGCACGUUUCGAUCCAUGUUCGGAUGGCUUGCGUUCCGUUAUUUAUCUACCUGUUGGACUGGCUGGAGUCUAUCGAAGGACGCACAGUGUGGUGCGGUUUGGAAGAACACUUACGGCUGGUUUUAAACGGACAGGGCAGCUUUUCGGUGGGCUUUUUGGAGCUUAUGAUGGAGUUUUACUUCGAUCCCGCGUGGCUAUUAGGCGUUCAACACAGUAUCAUCAUGAAUGACCCGUCGAAAAAGGACUCGUUACUGUUUCCUAUUGCACCAGCAGCAUCAAACAAGUCGAUCGAAGCGCACGAGAACGGGAUUGAGAAUGGGAUCGCUGUUACGUCGACUAUCACUGCUACUGGAGAGUUAAGUACAGGAAUCGGAGGGUUGAUUGAGUGGAUUAAGAUGGCAAACCAGUUCGUGGGCAAGCGUCUGCAAUUAACCUGGGAAAAGCGCUCGUCUGUCAUCCGUCUCACUGCUCUCCGAAGUCUGUCGAACGUUGGUGCGGACGUUCACGGCGAUAGGAGUCAGGCGCUUGUAGCAGAUAUGUUUGAUGAAGGCGUCAGCGGUAUCCUGAGUCUGCCUCUGAAGGGGAUUCUGCCGUUCUUGCCAAUUUUACUGGGGAAAAGCACGCCACAUUUUAGAGAAAAGGUGCUCAUGGAUAUCAACGUGAAGCUGAAGACAGACGAAGAUCUACAGCAACAGCUACUAUUGAUGAAGAAGAGCUGGGCAGAUGCGCUGUUAGAGUUGUCGCUGACUUGCUCCGUUGGUGUGGAGCUCGUAGACUCGAAUGGAAGCGAAGAAAGCAGCGAUGAGAACUGUGGUCGAGCGUACAGUGUUGAUGCUAACAAGACCGGAGAGGAUCUCGUUCUAGACACAAUUGUGUCAUUAUUGUGCAUGGCGAUGAGUAAUCCUCACGGCUGGCGAUCUUUCACGCAUUUACUCUUGGCUUUGAAGGGCAUUCAGGUGAAAUAUGGCUCGGAUUCUGACGCUCCCAACUCGUCUGCGCUGUCUUCGUUACCUCCACUGGCUCAAGUAGUGCCGCAUGUUGACCGCUCCGAAUUAUUCCGUGAGCCGCUGAACUGGACGUGUCGUGUGGUCGGGAUCGUGCUACAACGCAUGGCCAGAAGCAGGACGAUUCUAUCAAGGACAUUGGCUGAGAAUGUGCAGCGUUUGCUGUUCCUGGUUCACGAAUCGCUUUUGAACUUACCACUGAAGCCGCUGGAGUUAUCGACCGACAAAUACUCGUGGUCUGAUGCGCAGCUCUUCCUGUUUAACGCCGUGUUAGAUGUCUGCGCUCGAUUGGUUGAAAGUACGCACAAACUGCAUCGUGUCGGUCUCUUUCCCGGUCUCCAGAUACUGCAGUUCGCUCUGCCGUAUAUCUCUGCUAAGAGUAUGAUGGAACGAGUAGUGGAAGUCUUGGUGCAGAGCUUCCAGCAGGAAUUGACUGCUGGCUCAGCGUUGCGCGUGUACGAGUCAGUGCCCACACGUGAUGUGUUCCUCCGUGCGUUGGUUGAUCUCCGUCGUGCGAUGGUCGUACACAAGAAGGAAGAAUUGUUGGUAUUGUUGCGAAGACUGACGCUCCGGAUAUGCACGUCCGGAUCCUUUGACGAAGAAUUGGGAGUCGCUGGGUUGUCGGUGCAUGAACUGAGCGAAUUAACGGAGCAACAAGCAGUGGAAGUGGUGCUGGAUGCGCUGGCGUUGGCGAUAAAUGACACGGAGUUGCAUGAGCGAGAGGAGGUGGAGGAUAUGGUGCCGUACUUUCCGAUUGCUAAGGAGCUACAGAAGCCACAAGACUCUACGAAUGCAGACGAAGCUGGCAAGAAAUACUCGAAUGUGGACUACGCUGACGACAGUGAACGUGUGCUGUGGGCAGCACUUGAAGUCGAGGAGAACCGGAUGCUUGCAACGUUGCGGGAUGUUACAAGUCGAGAGAAACAACGGGCGGAGACGGCGCUCUCUGUCCAGCGCGAGAGGAAGCAGAAGUGGACGGAGAAGUUGUGGCUGAAGCACGAGUUCACCUUCCGUUCUCAGAAUCAGUAUGAAGCUUUGAGGCACACAGCGCCAGAGACACUGGAAGCUCUAAAGAAGACGCAUAUGUGGCGACUUGGACUGUACGAGACGCCGUUCCCGUCUCGAAUACGACGUACUGUUGAUAUAGACUUAGAGUUGAGCUAUGAGAAGAUGUUGGCGCUGGAAGCAGAUGGUGUUGAGGGCCAAUGUGAAGCGAAAAAACCUGCGUUGAAUAAGCGCAGACACUCGACAACGCUGGCUAUUCCCUUGGAGAUCCUUCAGAGCUUUGAAAAGGAUACAGAAGAUGACGAGGGCUCGUCUAACGAUGAGAACCUUCUUGAACGCGUUGGUCGAGUGGUAGCGCAACAGCGUGGCGGCGAGAUUCGAGACAUCACGUCGGAUGAGGCACUCCCAGCGUCUGAGUUAGCAGAUACGUACGUGCCAAGUACAGAUGAUAAGAGCGAGGAGGUAGAAGUACGCUCUGCUGAUGAUGAGUCUUUAGACGAGUACAAGAGCGACGUUACUGCCAGUCCGAAAGAUGGCAAGACGAGUUCGUCGACUACUUCAGCGUCAAAGGGGGCAGCGUUGUUGGGACAAGGUGACAAGGGACUGGAUCCUGGCGCCGGUAUCGCCGUUGCACCGGACGAUCAAGUGUACGCCAGUGUCACGUGUCGACGUGUAGUGCCUGAGGGGAUCGUCCUUGGGCGUUUGUCCCUUUGUAGCAAGCAUGUGGUGUUCGAACCCCAACAAGAACUACCAGAGAACGCACAGAGCGUAGGAGCCAUCUCACCUGGCACAACCGACUUUGAUGAACGCUCUCUUCCGAGUACCAGUGUGGAUGAAACAGCACCGGGACUACAUCGCUGCUGGAGAUGGAAAUACACCCAUCUAGUGGGCGUUUAUCUCCGUCGCUAUCGCCUCCGCGACUCGGCAAUCGAGAUCUUCUUGCGCAAUGGUAGCAACCAUUUCCUCGACUUCCCUCUGACGACCAAGCAACGACGCAAUGAGUUCGUACGCGUGCUGUAUUCCUUCCUACCUCGAAGUACUCCCAAGCAAUGGCCCGGACGCGUGAUCCCGCACUUGGCAGCGACUACAAAAGCCUGGCAGAACCGACAGAUCAGCAACUUCGACUACCUCAUGGCGCUCAACACGUUCGCAGGACGCAGUUUCAAUGACUUGACGCAGUAUCCAGUAUUUCCGUGGAUUCUUUCCAACUAUGAAGACUCGACGUUGGAUCUAAGUGAUCCACACAACUUCCGUGACUUGUCCAAGCCUGUGGGAGCGUUGAAUGCUGCUCGUCUCGAAGAGUAUUGGGAACGGUAUCACUCGUUCGAUGACCCAGUGAUCCCCAAAUUCCUGUACGGCUCACACUACUCAACUUGUGCUGGCGUUGUGCUGUUCUUCCUCUUUAGACUGGAACCCUUUGCUAGUCUACACCAGAAGAUGCAAGGUGGCACGUUCGAUCUACCCGAUCGGUUGUUCUUCUCUAUUCAAGAGACUUGGCGAAUGUGUAACUCUCAAAUGUCUGAGGUUAAAGAGUUAACCCCAGAGUUCUUCGCUAGUGACGGGUCUUUUUUACGGAACAGAAAUGGCUACACUUUGGGGAAGCGACAUGACCAACAAGCGGUGAAUGACGUGCAACUACCCAAGUGGGCAAAUACACCGGAGGAGUUUAUCCGUAUCCAUCGUGCAGCGCUGGAGAGUGAGUACGUCUCGCGUCAUCUGCAUUUGUGGAUUGAUUUAAUCUUCGGCUACAAGCAGCGUGGACGAGCGUCACUGCAAGCGAACAAUGUGUUCUACUACUUGACGUACUAUGGAGUCGUGGAUCUGGAUAAAGUGGAAGACCCGUUUUUGAGGGAAUCCAUGGAGCUGCAGAUCGCUCACUUUGGUCAGUGCCCCAUGCAGCUCUUCGCUACUCCUCAUCCUACACGACAUGCUGCCUUUAGACGCAGUACUCUAGGGAUCCCAGCAGCACCAAGCAAGCCUGUGUCUGGACUUACAAGUCCUCCGGUUAGUGGCGGAUUCCCAGGCAAAGAGGGCUCUAGUGGACCAUCCAGUAAUAUCGCUCGACCGCUGUCACUAGCGUUCCAAGACUUCUCACCGAUAGCACAGGAAAAACGUCGACACUGGAGCCCUGUGGCGACUGUGAAGCCUAUUGCACAGAGCGGUAUCAGACUGCUGAAGAUCCUCCCCGAUCGCGUCGUUAGUGUCAAUGAACUUGGUGUCAUUGAAGUCUACUACUGGAAACUACUACCUAAGCCUGCACCGCAGCCUGUUCCAGACUCUGCGUCCCCGAAGAUGCCGUUGAACACAUUCGCUGCUGAUCCUAGUGACGGAAUGGACCUCGGAAGAGCCAGCUUCUCGUCUGUUACCGACUCCCAGCGUGAUAGUGAAGUGGAUACAUUGCUCAGUGAGCUAGCUGCGGUUAGUGACGAAGACGCAGUGAACGAUUGUCCCUGGUUACUGGAGAUUGUUCGGGACGAUUCCCCGUUCGACUACGUGCCACGGAUCCCUGUGUUCGACCCCGUUCACAUUGACGAUGAAUGUCGAAAUCUACACAGAUAUGCGCGUGGAUUCCCUGUCGCUAUCUCUCGUAAUGGACGUGUACUGGUAUCUGGAGGAGCUCGCAGUGGCGCGCUGCACUUCCGGUUGCUGGAUCUGGACAAUGGACACGUGAUUGGUAAGGCUAGCGUAGUAGGACACAGCGCUGCAGUCACGUGUCUGAGCUUGGAUCGCUGGAGUUAUCACAGUCACAGUCAAAUUGGCGUCUCGACCUCGCAAGAAGAUGAGGAGCUGCUCGUCUCCGGGUCUCAAGACGGGACUCUUGCACUCUGGCAGCUCUCGCGUGUCAAGCCCGAUAUGCUGUUUCGAUUGCCUCGAGUAUCACCGCGUCCAAUCGAGAUCUUACGUGGACAUGCCAAGCCUAUAGUGGACUGCUGCGUGAGUACAUAUUUGGGGGUUGUUGCGUCAUGCACACAUUCUGUUGGGAUGGUACAUUUCCUGUACGAUGAAGGACAAGUGGCAUUCGUGCUUGAACCUGCAGACAAAGAAGGCGAACUGGUGCGCGUCAGACUGUCAGUUAAGGGAUACGUUAUCGCUAUCACAAGUGUUACGCGAAUUGUAACAGAAAACGUCGUGAUCUCCAGUAUCGUCCAGAUCUUCAACUUGUCUGGAACGUUGAUCCAGUCGCAUCAUCUUCCGUCCGAGGAGAUCUCGGACGUACAGGUAUCAGCUGAAGGAGACUUGAUCUUCCUCACACUACUGCCCGGUAUCAUCCGUAUCUGCCGCAUCGAAGACUUUGUGACAGUUCAAGAGUAUAUUUCACCCACUCCGACUGGGUCAAUGAUCUCUGCGAUGUGCUUUGGUCCUAAGGAGGCGGUGAUCCUGCUAGCGUCUGGCCACGAAGACGGCACGUUGUCGCUUCAGCUGCUUCCGGACGCUAGCGGCUCCGUGUCAUUUCUGGCCAAUGUACGACGGCUACUCGGUGUUUCGUCCAAGCUCAAGCGCGUUAAAGGCACCGUACAACACGCCCAGACACUCGCUAUGUCCACUCUGGACAACGCCAAAGCCGUCACCAGUACAGCACGUGAUAUCGCUGGCGAAGCGCUUGGUGAAGCCAAGGUCAUGAUGCGUGGACUCUUUUCGUACUUACAGAAAGGGUAACUUCAAAUGUAGCCAAUUGAUUUUGCACACGUUGUUCACGUCAUCAACGUCUCUACCGG